AUAGUCUUAGACUACUUGUGUUUCGCUGGGAUUAACCGAUUAACUCAACGUGCGCAAGUAACCUUGAAGACUAGAACAAGAAGUGAACUGUACUACAGUAUAGCCGAAGACAAGCACAUCCGAAAAGGCAACAGUACCCUCAACCCAGUUUUCUCCCACUUCGGCACCCCAACAAUGGCAGCAACCCACUUGCAGCUUCAUUUGGCGGCGCCAUUAAAACCCCAAACCCACCUUCAAAAAGCUAAAACCUUUGCUACCAAUCCUGCAAUUUGCCGCACAAAAUUGCCAACUGUGCGGUGUUCUGCUGCUGCUGCUGCAACGCCCGCAAAAAGAAGCUACAACAUCACUCUUCUUCCUGGCGAUGGCAUUGGCCCUGAGAUUAUCUCCAUUUCAAAAGAUGUUCUUCAAUUUGCUGCUUCCCUUGAAGGGAUCGAGAUCAAGUACCAAGAGAUGCCUGUUGGUGGAUCUGCUAUUGAUCUCACCGGAGUCCCAUUGCCAGAGGAGACCCUUGCAGCAGCAAAACAAUCUGAUGCUGUACUUCUUGGAGCUAUCGGAGGGUACAAAUGGGAUAAGCUUGAAAAGAAAUUGAAGCCGGAGACCGGCUUGCUUCAGCUUCGAGCAGGUCUUGAUGUGUUUGCGAACUUAAGGCCAGCGACUGUCUUACCUCAGUUGAUUGAUUGUACAACAUUGAAAAGAGAGGUAGCAGAAGGUGUUGAUCUGAUGGUGGUGAGGGAGCUUACUUCCGGUAUCUAUUUCGGGGAGCCUAGGGGUUUUGGUGUGAAUGAAAAGGGAGAGGAGAUUGGUUUCAAUACCGAGGUCUACUCUGUUUCUCAGAUCAACCGUAUUGCUCGUGUUGCUUUUGAAACUGCUAGGAAGAGGCGUGGGAAGCUCUGCUCUGUUGAUAAAGCAAAUGUUCUAGAGGCAUCUAUGCUUUGGAGGAAAAAAGUUACGGAAAUGGCAGCGGACUACCCUGAUGUUGAGCUCUCACAUAUGUAUAUUGAUAAUGCAGCAAUGCAACUUAUUCGUGAUCCCAAACAGUUUGACACUAUAUUAACCAACAACAUUUUUGGUGAUAUAUUAUCUGACGAGGCUUCAAUGAUUAGUGGGAGUAUUGGGAUGCUUCCUUCUGCAAGCAUCGGUCAAUCGGGGCCUGGACUAUUUGAACCUAUACAUGGAUCGGCUCCUGACAUUGCCGGACAGGACAAGGCAAAUCCGUUGGCAACUAUUCUAAGUGCUGCAAUGCUUUUGCGAUAUGGUCUAGGGGAAAGUAAGGCUGCAGAUAGAAUCGAGGCAGCUGUUAUGGAGACCCUAAACAAGGGACUUCGAACCGGUGACAUAUACUCAGCUGGAAAUAAAUUAGUUGGAUGCAAAGAGAUGGGUGAGCAGGUGAUGAAGUCGGUAGACUGUCAAAUUCCUGCUGCUGUUUGAGUCCGAAUUGUCGUACAAGUACAUGAUAGAGUGACAGAUAUUCAGGCAGUAACAUCUUCCAAGUACUGAUGGCAUAAAAUCUGCAUGGGAUGACAAUUCAUUCACAUGGAUGUAGAAAGAGAGUCACAAUUUUGCAUAUCAUUCCAUGGUAUUGAUGUAGUUGAUUCUAGUUAACAGAAAUAACAGUUUUGUAUUGUAUUUUCUGAUCUAUAUUAUGAAUUAUACUGUUAACAGGAAUUUGUACCAAUACUUUGCAUUUGUUAUAGUCAAUUCUUCUGCAGUGAA